CACAUUAAUUUUUGAAUGUUUUGUAUUUUAAUUUUUCAAACGCUGUUUAAGAUCUACUAACAAAGUUCCUAAUUGUGACUUCAACCGAGGCUAUUAAAUUUUAUUUCAUUCAAAAGUUAAUCCCGGAUCGUGUCUCCUCCAUUCUACACGACACUGGUAGAAUAUACUGUGCACGUCUUUGCACGGAUGAAGUCCAUAUUUUAAACAAACAACAACAUGUAUUUUAAACGUAAAUUUUAUUUUAAUAAGUGUAGUGUAGGUAAUGAACUUGUAAAGUAAAUAAAUCGUAAUAAUACGUUUUCAUUUAUUUGUAUUUAAAUUGAAGUAUAACAGCGUUAACAGACCAAUAACAAAAAACAAGUUGUGAAACCAAAAUGGGUAAAAAAUAUUAUUGUGAUUACUGUGAGAAGACCAUGUCUUCAGCGCCAUUGAUCAUCAAAACUCAUAACAAGGGUAUGGCUCAUCAGAAGUUAGUUGGUGAACAUUACAAGCAGUUCAAAGAUGCCAAGACAAUUUUAGAAGAAGAAAACAAUAAAAAACCAUGUCUGAAAUAUCUAAAAGGGGAAUGUCAUUUUGGUACAAUGUGUAGAUUUUCUCAUUACACAAGAGAUGAAUUAUGUCUCCUAAAACAAAUUGUCGAUGCAAAAAAUAAUGUAUCAUAUUCGAACCAACCAUCCUUCAAAGAGCUUUACGAUAAACUACAAAGCGAUAAAUGUGAAUAUUUUGAAAAUAAAAAUGCACUGGUAGACAAAAAUGGUAUAACGCAUAUGUUACCGUGGAAUUAUAAUGUUAUUUUUGAACAGUAUGGAGAUAAAUUACCACCCAGUCUUAGAAAAUUUAAAACCGAUGAUUUUAUAAAUGUAUUUAUAACCGAGUGGGGUGAUAAUAAAUGUUAAAUAAAGCCUUUUAUUAAAAAAAAAAAAUAGUGACUGUAUAUAAAUAUUUCAGUCUUUUUAUGAA